AUGAAUGGUCUUUCCAAUACACCUGCAAGUUAUUUACCAUCAAGGAGAUCUCAAUUGGUGAGUCAAAACCGUAUCGCCAAGAUUAACGAACUUUACGAACAGAAACAAAGACAACAUCAAGAUUCUGUAGUUUCAAAUAAUUCCACCUCAGUUGUUUCAGAGGAUAAUUGCGUACCGAUUCGCGGACUGACAACCUAUAGAAUUCAAGGUCAAUAUAACGUGGACGAACCGUCCACAACGGUUAAACAUGAAGAAUUACCUAGUACCUUUGCAACUAAUACAACAAAGAACCUUCAAGAACAAGAACCAGAGGAUAAUACUGAUGAAGACUAUGAAGAUGAACUUAAAUUCACACCAAAAUUAAAAUCUCGUAGAAGUUUGCUGACAAUGAGGAAAAACUUCGAACAAGAAGCAAAUUCACCUAUAUCUAAUGAUGAACCAAGCCCUAUGGAAGACGUAUCUACACCUCUGCCAAAAGUCAGACGUCGUGUGGGUUCACUACGUAAAAGUUUGGGAGAUCCAUUGCCCCUACCGUAUUUACCAAGGGAUUCUAGUCCAAUUCAUAAAGAACGUAGGGAACCUGUAUCACAAUCACCACAUCUAGUAUCUCCUUCCAAUGUGGAUAAAAAACGUCAAAUAAUGGAAUCGAAAUGGAGAAAAUUGGUUUCACAGGAUAAGUCCAUGUUGGAAUCUCGAUUAAAAGAAUUACGUAGACCAUCACUCCCGACAACGAUGCCACCGCCAAGACCUGAUUCACCAACAUUAGUACCACAAAAAACUUCCACUUCACUCCCGAAUCCUCCUCCGCAGUCUUUAGAAGAAUUACAACAAGAAAUUAUCAGUAAUCGGCAAAGAUUGGAUGAAAUCAUUGUUCUAUUGAAUCAAAAACAAAAACCAUCGUUACAAUUCCCAUCUUUGAAUUUCCAUUACCGAUGGAAUGAAUCUACCUUCUGGACACUUUGUAUUAUAGCGCUCAUACUGUGCAACUUCUACGUGUAUUAUUACUUGUAA